AAAGUGCCCCAAAAAUUCAAACAAUCACUGCGCCAGUGGGUGUAGAAGAUCUGACUAAUUAAUACUGUAACAUUUCAUACCGGAGGUAUCAAACGGAACAAGCAGUAGACAUUGCUAAUUAUCCGAGAAUGACACCACCGAACCCGAGGUUAGAAUCCAUAAAUGAUUCAGAAGCGGGUAGCAAAGUGACUUCCAACAACAUAUGUCUGCAAGAAGCAUCCUCCGAUCCAUCAAAGGAUAGCACGGCAACUACUUCCUGCCUCACAAAUCCUGUAAAGGAUCAACCGGAUUUGGGGUCUGUUUCCCUAGACCUGACUCUCCGUAUCAGUGCCAGUGAUGCCGAGAUGAAAGGAACCGGUGAGACUAGUAGUGAGAUAGUGGCGGCCAAUCCUCUGUCAACCGCUAUCCCGAGAGUUUUCUCUUGUAAUUAUUGCAGGCGUAAGUUUUAUAGUUCGCAGGCACUGGGUGGACACCAGAAUGCUCAUAAGAGGGAGAGGUCAAUGGCGAAGCGUGCGAUGCAUAUGGGGAUAUUGUCUAAUAGGUAUAUAAGCUUGGCAUCUUUGCCGCUUCACGGUUCUGCAUUUCGGUCCCUCGGGAUCAAAGCUCAUUCCUCUAUGCACCACGGAAUCAUGCAAUCCCAGAGGCCUCUAGACACAAGAGCUGGAGCACGGCUCGAUCAAGGGUAUUUCGGGAUGCCGAUAUUCAUGGAAGAAGAUGAUGUUGACGUCUUUUGGCCGGGGAGUUUCAGGCAGGUGAAUGAAGGGGCCAGCAGCAACCUGGCUUCAGAUUACGCUCAAAAUUCAACUCGAAGUUCAAAUAUAAGUUUUGUAGCAACGGCAUCACCACCAAGAACUGAUACAUAUUUGCCGGAUCUUACAUUGAAGCUCUAAUUUUCUGAAGGUCGGUUUACAUCUAAACGUAAUACUAAUUAAAGCUCUACUCUGUAUAAUUGAGAUGCAUUAGCAAUGGCUGCUAGAUCCUAAGGUUAUUUUUUCUAGAUUUCUUUAACAUUUUAAUUUUCUAUUUUGAUCCAUGCCAUUGAGUUGCUCCUGAUGUG